CUUCCGCUGCGAGGAUGACUUCCGCCCACCGAGAAGAAGAAAAUAGCAGUAAGAAAAUGAGCAACGGACCAAAUGUUUGUUUGCCUUAAGCUAAAUUCUCAGCUAUUUCACCGGAAUCCAACGUUUACCCCCAAAGGAUUAUUUUCUUCAUUCGCUUGUUCGGUUAAUGAGUGGCUGGGGAGGAUGAUGAUUUCCUGAUCUUUCACCUCUCAGUCCAACCAAGAACAAGCAUGAACCACACCCCCAGUCCCCACCUGUCUGAUGGCAACAAGUCGCCAGGAGGCGGCCUGUUGUGCAGCCUGGGGAUUGGUUCUGACAGCGGGAUCCGUUCGCCGGAAAGCCUUAUCCACACCCCUAGCCCAAAUGGAGGGACCCCCAGCUCCAGCCCUCCGCUGCUACUGUCACCUGGGUUUGGGGGCCUGGGUCUGGGAGCCUUGGGCAUGAUGGGGGAGGCGGCUGGGGCAGACUGGGAGAGCAGGGAAGAGCUGAGACUCAGGGAGCUGGAGGAGGCACGGGCCAGAGCAGCUCAGAUGGAGAAAACCAUGCGCUGGUGGUCCGAUUGCACGGCCAACUGGAGAGAGAAAUGGAGCAAGGUUCGAGGAGAGCGUAACCGUGCACGUGAUGAAGUCCGCCAGUUGAGGCAGAGGUUGGACGCUCUCACCAAGGAGCUGACGAGCGUACGCAGAGAACGUCAGGAACUAGCAUCAGAGGUGGAAGUGCUGAAACAGGAUCUUCGCAGUGAUCCCACCGCUCCUCCUCCAGCCACCAGUUCUUCUUCUUCCUCACCUGCUCACCAACUCUGUGCUGCUUCCGCCUCUUCCUCUCCGUCCAUCGCACCGCCCUCCCCUGCCUUCUCCACCUCGCAAGGCCACACUGACUGCAAGUUGGACAGGUUAGAAGAGGGGCCACCUGGGUCGCCAGAGCCAGAACCAGUGAGGGACAUGGACAUGAACGCACAAAAAAGUCAACAAAAGGAAAUGGAGCUGCUUCAGUCUGUGCUGCAAUUACGAGCGUCAGGUGGCGACACACAAGAGUCAUGGGAUGGUGUGAGCGGCAACGGCAUGAACCCGCCCGGCGCUCGUUCGUCCUCAGCUUUGAGCCGGCAGGAACGCAACAGGCAGCUUUGGGGGGACAUGAGCGCCACCGAGGACGAGUCCAGCAAACUCAACGCCUUACAGCUUCGCCUGGAUGAGUCCCAAAAAGUCCUGCUGAAAGAGAGAGAAGACAAGCUGGCUUUGAGUAAGAGCAUCGAGAAGCUGGAGGCUGAGCUCAGUCAGUGGAAACUUAAGUAUGAGGAGCUGAGCAAAAAUCGUCAGGAAGUCCUCAAACAGCUGAAUCUACUGAAGGAACUGCAUCAGGAUGAACUUGGUCGCAUAUCUGAAGACCUGGAGGAUGAACUUGGAGCUCGUACCAAUAUGGACAAGAAACUAGCAGAAUUACGAACUGAGAUGGAGAGGCUGCAAGUGGAGAAUGCAGCAGAAUGGGGUCGCAGAGAGCGCUUAGAGACAGAGAAACUGGCACUGGAGAGGGACAACAAGAAGCUGAGGGCACAGGCUGAAGACCUGGAAGAACAGCUAACAAAGAAACGCCGUCAGGCUGCAUCGGCCAUCGACACGGACCUGAAGGCCAUGCAGACUGAGUUGUUUGAGAAAAACAAGGAGCUGGCUGACCUUCGCCACAUUCAUGCAAAGCUGAAGAAGCAGUUCCAGGAGAAGACAGCAGAGCUCGCCCAUGCCAACAGACGGGUGGAGAGCCAUGAGGCGGAAGUCAAAAAGCUUCGCCUGCGAGUGGAGGAGCUAAAAAAAGAAUUGGGACAGGCAGAAGAUGAGCUGGAUGAGUCCCAUAACCUGUCAAGAAAACUGCAGAGGUCUUUGGAUGAACAAGUCGAACAGACCGAGAAUCUGCAGGUGCAAUUGGAACAUUUACAGUCCAGACUGCGGCGACAGCAGCUGAGUCCUGGGCUGUUUGGGAAGAUGCGAUCGGCUCGGUUCAGCCCCGAUGUUCCCGACGGUCCGACCAGCGACGUGGAUGAUGAAGAGGAGCAACUGCAGCUCCAGAUCCCUGGAUGACACUCAGGCACACAUGCAGUGAAGGAUAUUGUUUGACCAAAAUGACCUGAAAGAGCGUCAUCACGCGAGGAAAAGACAGUGAGGUGAUGAAACGAUCAUCACACUGCUAUUCCAGUUCACCGGUAGAUCCUGAUUGGUCCUGGUUCUGGAAAAAAAAAGAAUACUUUUGUGUCUGGGGUGAUUUUACAGAACAUUUUGCAUUUUUCAAACCCAAGUUGAGUUGCUAUCUCAAAGAAAACGCUUGUGAACGGGAAUCAUGUACUUCAUGAACAUCUGUGUAAAGAUUCUCCAUCAAAGUAGAAGCAGAUUAAAAUACUACAUCAUAAUAGUAUGAUCAACAUACUGUAUACACAGUCCCACUCCCAUUCAGACAUAAAUUACUGUGCAAAAGUCUUAGGUUCGGAAAGGAACAUCAUUAGGGUGAUCCUGGAAGGGCUUUUGUCCGAUUAACCGAGGUGGAUUUAUUUGGUCUGGUAUUCUAUUUACUGAAGCUACGGCACACAUACAAUCACGAAGAGAAAUCGCCAGGAAUGCCUGACUCCCUCACGUUAUGAAUCCCUGGGUUCCGGCCACUCACCAACUGGUAGGAGCCGUCCUUCCAUUUUUGUCUUGGCUUAGGUUCCCACGGGCAGAUUGACUCUUCUGAAUUGCGGCUCACCAUUUCUGUUCAACGGUUGAGAAUAGCGUGUGAGAUGUCCGAUUUGCUCUAUUUGACCGAUGGGUUCAUCUUAGGCCAACGAGUCUAUCCUACAAUUUGUACUGUACAAUGAAACUCCAACGAAUGAAAAAUGAAUGGAUAUGCUCAUAAAAAUGUCUAUUUUUGAUAUACGGCUCGCUCCUCCUGUUAGCACCUAACGUUGUUCUCUGAUUUCAGAUCAACAUUUGCAAUAAAAGCGAAAUUUGUCAGUUUUACAUUAGCUUCAUCUCCAAAACCUUCCUAUAAUGUUUUUGAACAAAAAUUUUAAUUUGUGAACACGCGAGGAUCAACUUUAAUAUACAAUAGUUAGCAUGCAGAGACAUUGGCUAGUUAUAUUCUUGCAUGCGUAUACUACGUAUCAUGGAAACGCAGUAAAACACAAUAAGCAGGAUUACAGGAAGCAAAAUAUUCCAUUUCAAGCAAACUUUGUGGGGACGACUUGGUGAAAUAUUAGUGAGUAAGUGUAUCAAGAUGCUGGUUAUCAAUAUUAUAUGUAGUUUGAGUCUGUGUGGCAUCAAAGGUUAUUUAGUUAAUUAGUAAGGUUAAUUAAUUAGGUUAAUUAGUAAUAUUCAGCCUGGAUUGGUCCAUUAACCAGAAAGUAGUAUGCUUGCCAGUUACCAGAGAAAGACAAGUACACCAUGAUGGUGAUCUGCACGCUACUGAGUAAAACAACACAAGACUUUUGCACAGUACUUUUAUUGAUACUUUUACUGUUUUUUGCCAGUCCAGUGAUGUUUGGUGUUUUGAUACCUUCAUAAUACCCCUGAAUGUCAUGUCUGGAACAAAAGUGUGUUGUUGUUGUUGUUGUUUUUUAUAUCUAUUUUGUCUUAUUAAAGCACCACAAUACCUUGUUAAAUUAUACAUAGAGCAAUGAUUGUAUUUGUCAUUGAUACAUCUUAUAUAAGCACACAGGAGAAAACCAAAUAAGAUUGUCCUAAUAACCAAUUAUUUUAUACUAACACGGGCAACGUUCCCACUCAAAACUAAACUUAAAAUGACUCAUUAUUCAUAUUAGAUUAGAAUUCAUUUUAAUGAAUGGUCUUAUAGUAAAAUGAUGGGGGAUACAUUUCUAAAAUACUACUAAUGUCAAACAUCUGUGAUG